UCCACAAGAAGAAAAUUAUUGAAAUUAUUAUUCAUCAAAGAUUCAAGCAGCAUCAUUUUGUUCUUAAAUAUUCUGCUUUAUAAAAUGUCCAGUAAAAGUGCUAGGAUAAAAGUGAUACACAAAAUUGCCAACUGAGUGUAUUUGCUCAAUAUAUGUUGUAGUAUAAGUAAAUAAGGACCACUUUGUUAUUGCUGCUCAAAAUAUAUGUGUUCUAACCUUAAACAUACCCAAACAAAAAAUAACAUUGGAACGCGUUUUGAAUUUCCUUCAUUUAUCGAAUCAGCAUGGCAGCAGUGAUUCGGCUUAAAAGACGAGUGGAUGAAGAUCCUCUAAAUGCAUUUGUGCUAAACUGUAAAAGGCAACGAACUGAAUUGCCGGAAGUCAUUGGUAGUGGUGGUGACGUUGCUGGUGAAGUAUCUACCGUCUUGAAAUUUGCUGGAACGUUUACAAAGGCGGAUAACAUACAUCCGCACCUGCAGCAGCGCCUAUCGAAGGAAGAAGCCAAAGAAGCGAUAUCCCGCGUCCAUCGUCCCACCAUCGCAUCUCGGAAUCGAGCAGCAACACGACAAAAUGCGCAGAACAAUCGUUUCAGAAUCGUAAAUUGUACACGUUCCUUGAGUCAGGUAGAUGGGGCCGAAGGAACCACUAUCGUUGACGUAGAGCGAGACAUUGAGCCAGUAGCUGCGGGAUCAUCGUUUUCGACAACCGAUGCCAGCAGUGAUGGGGCGACACAAAAACCACCAGUUCAUAAUGAGUCGAGCUACGUGUAUGAUUUGUACGUUGCAGACGAUAGCGAACAACAAACACACAUCCCCUACAUUCCGGAGAACUUGGAGGACAUCAGUGUUGCCAUUUAUGACGAUCCGCUUUAUUCGAGCCACCGAUGUCAUGGCGAAAAUACCUCAGAUGAAGAAUCGGAAGAUUCCAACGACGAGAACAAUUGGCGGAACGACUAUCCGGAUGAGGAUGAGGACGUUUUUGGUGACGCAAACAGUGUGGACGAAGAUGAUAUGAGGCGUGCUGUCCAGGAUUUAGAUAUAGUGAUUUUUACAGAUGGUGAAAACGAGCUUUCUUCAGACGAUGAAGACUAUGCCAAUGGAGGAGACAGUAGUGGCUUUGCUUAUCCACCUGGGGACGGAGAUGACGAUCUCUACGAGUAUCGCGAAGACGAUGACGAAGGCGUUAAUCCGACUGACGUAGCACGUUUCGGACCGGCAUACGCUAAAUACAAGGCACGCAUUUUGAAGCAGAGUAAAAUGAAUACCGAUGAGUACGAUUCAGAGAUUGGGUGUAGCGAUUCGAGUUCUUCAACUAGUGAAAGUGAAAAUUUUGAUCUUUAUGAUUGAUUUGAAAACUUCUCAUUUUGCCAUCGGAAUAAAGUUUUUUAAUAAAU